UUAUAAAGCUUACACGAGGAUUCCACUGCCUUCUCUUUUUUUUUUCUUCUCUAGUUUUGUUAAUUCUCUGCCAUUUGAUAGUGCAGAUUUUCCACUCUCUACGUUCCCUCUCAUCAUCUAACUUUAACCCUUUGCCCCUAACCCAGCUGGAAAUUUGACUCAUUAACCCAAAAUUGUCUCUUUGCUUUCAGGUCCGCUGAUUUCCGAGGCGUCUCCUGAGCUGGCCUUUGAACUCGUUCCUGUAAUUUUCAUUACUCUAUGACUUGAUUAAGUCUUUGCAUCAGAUGUGCAGCUCUUACUGCUCGAGUAUUUUCAAUACACGAACAAUAAAUCAGACAUAAUGAAUUUACCCGUCCAUCAGCACGGGUGACAUACUAGUUUUCAUUAAUAAAAACUAUCCGGGAUUUCGACUGCCUCCUCUGUUCCCAUUGCCCUGCUUUGUUUGUAUUCCAUUUCAUGAAUGUACCAAGCAGAGAUGCGGAUAAUUCCAUUUCCAUAUAUAAGCUAAUGAAUGUGAAAUUUCCAACUCAUUUGCGACUCUGUCGAUCCCUUCUUGUUGCCUUCCGUCGUGGACACUGUUUUCUCCUAAUUGGGAGAAAGGUUGGCUUCUUACGACAUUUAUGCUCAACUUCAAUGGUUGGAUUCCAGAGUGACCGCAUGCCUGGGAACAUGUAUAAUGGUAAUUCUAAUAGUUUUCCGGGACGUGUUGAACGACUUGUGAAAGGACGAGAGCUAAGAAAAAGCAGCAGGGCUUCUCUUUCGAAUGAAUCUCUUGAUAGUAAUAACUGUAGUAAUGUGGUUGCUGAAUAUUUUGAGCAUGACCUGCGCUUAAGAGAAGAUAAUAACACCAGUGCUUCCAAUGCUGAACGAUUCCUGGAAGGGGCGGCGCGGGUUCUUAGUGAGGGAUGCGAAAGGGAAGAUGGAAAACCUUUCAGACAACGGCUUUUGGUCGUGGCCAACAGGCUACCUGUCUCGGCAAUUAGGAAAGGCGAGGAUUCGUGGUCUUUGGAAAUAAGUGCUGGUGGCUUGGUGAGCGCUCUUUUAGGUGUGAAGGAGUUUGAAGCGAGGUGGAUAGGAUGGGCUGGUGUCAAUGUGCCAGAUGAGGUUGGGCAAAAGGCACUUACUAAGGCACUGGCUGAAAAAAGGUGUAUCCCAGUAUUUCUUGAUGAAGAGAUUGUUCAUCAAUAUUAUAAUGGCUACUGCAACAAUAUUUUGUGGCCCCUUUUUCAUUACCUUGGACUUCCCCAAGAAGAUCGCCUUGCUACCACACGUAGUUUCCAGUCUCAGUUUGAAGCAUAUCAGAAAGCAAAUCAAAUGUUUGCUGAUGUUGUAAACAAGCACUACGAAGAGGGUGAUGUUGUUUGGUGUCAUGAUUACCAUCUUAUGUUUCUACCACAAUGCUUAAAGAAUUACAACAGGAAAAUGAAGGUUGGCUGGUUUCUGCAUACCCCAUUUCCAUCUUCUGAAAUUCACAGGACACUGCCAUCUCGUUCAGAGCUCCUGCAUGCUGUUCUUGCAGCUGAUUUGGUUGGCUUUCACACCUACGAUUAUGCACGACAUUUUGUUAGUGCAUGUACUCGCAUUCUUGGACUUGAGGGCACACCUGAAGGGGUUGAGAAUCAAGGGAAGCUGACCCGAGUUGCUGCAUUUCCAAUUGGUAUAGACUCAGAACGAUUCAUACGGGCACUUGACCUUCCUGAAGUCAAGGAUCACAUAACAGAAUUAAAAGAGAGAUUUAAAGGAAGAAAGGUAAUGUUAGGUGUUGAUCGACUUGAUAUGAUUAAAGGAAUCCCUCAAAAAAUUUUAGCAUUUGAAAAAUUUUUGGAAGAGAAUCGUGAUUGGCGUGAUAAAGUUGUUCUACUUCAAAUUGCUGUGCCAACAAGAACAGAUGUUCCUGAGUAUCAAAAGCUUACAAGCCAGGUCCAUGAAAUUGUUGGUCGCAUCAAUGGCAGAUUUGGAACACUAACUACUGUUCCUAUACAUCACCUGGACCGCUCUCUUGAUUUUCAAGCACUAUGUGCUUUGUAUGCUGUUACGGAUGUAGCACUUGUCACGUCUUUGAGGGAUGGAAUGAAUCUUGUAAGUUACGAAUUUGUGGCCUGCCAAGAUAAAAAGAAAGGGGUUCUCAUACUUAGUGAAUUUGCUGGUGCUGCACAGUCACUUGGUGCUGGGGCAAUUCUGGUCAACCCUUGGAACAUCACAGAAGUUGCUGCUGCAAUUGCCAAAGCUCUGAAUAUGCAAUCAUCAGAAAGAGAGAAGAGACAUAGACAUAAUUUUCAUCAUGUAAAAACCCACACUGCACAGGAAUGGGCAGAAACUUUUGUAAGUGAACUAAAUGAUACUGUUGUUGAGGCACAGCUAAGAACAAAACAAGUUCCCCCACGGCUACCAACCAAGAUUGCAAUUGAACGCUAUCUGCAUGCAAAGAACCGAUUACUUAUUUUGGGUUUCAAUGGAACACUAACCGAACCAGUUGAGAGAAAGGGUGAUCAGUAUAAAGAAAUGGAACUCACAGUGCAUCCAGAACUGAAACAACCCUUGACAGAACUUUGCAGUGACCCAAACACCACAGUUGUUGUGCUUAGUGGAAGUUGUAGAACAGUUCUAGAUGAAAACUUUAAAGAAUAUGACAUCUGGCUGGCAGCAGAGAAUGGGAUGUUUUUAAAUCCUUCAAAGGGAGAAUGGAUGACCACAAUGCCUGAGCAACUGAAUAUGGAAUGGGUUGACAGUGUGAAGCAUGUUUUUGAGUACUUCACAGAGAGGACUCCUCGUUCACAUUUUGAAGAAAGAGAAGCUUCACUUGUGUGGAAUUACAGACAUGCAGAUGUUGAGUUUGGAAGACUCCAAGCACGGGACAUGCUGCAGCAUCUCUGGACAGGUCCAAUUUCUAAUGCAUCAGUUGAAGUUGUUCAGGGGAGCCGAUCUGUUGAGGUGCGAGCUGCUAAUGUUACCAAGGGUGCAGCUAUUGAUCGCAUUCUGGGGGAGAUAGUCCACAGUAAAUCCAUGACAACACCAAUUGAUUACGUUCUGUGUAUAGGACAUUUUCUGGCAAAGGAUGAAGAUAUAUAUGCGUUUUUUGAGCCAGAGCUUCCUUCUGUUGGUAUGGGUCUUCCACGAAGUAAGGGAACAGAUGGAGUGAAGUUUCCCGUGGAGAGGAUAUCAUCUUUGAAGAUUCCAGCUAGUACGAAUGGAGCAAAGUCAUCUCAAAAUAAAGGACAAAGGUCUGUGUCAAAUUCUGAGAAGAAAGCAACUAAUCAUAUCUGCCGGGCACAACGUCGGCCAGCUCCUGAAAAGAUAUCUUGGAAUGUCCUUGACCUCAAGAAGGAGAAUUACUUUUCAUGUGCCGUUGGACGAACACAAACUAAUGCUCGUUAUACGCUUGGAUCAUCAGACGACGUUGUUGCAUUUCUGAAGGAAAUGGCAGAUGCAUCUCAAUCCUCUUUUCUCUGAGAGUUAACGUUACAUGUUUUCACACCUUAGGAUACUUCCCAGCUUUAGAAUUUGGUAUAUCCUAGCGAUCUUAUUUCCUUCAAAUACCAACAGUGCAAGAUAAAGAAAUUAGGCUUUUAGUCUUACAGAAAUUCUUGUACAUGAUCGCGCUUCAUUUAGCCUUUUCUUGCGUAGGGAUUCAUAAUUAAUUGUCGGCUAAAUUAAUUUGUAGAUCCUUAAAUUAUUUGAAACUUCUUAAAUAAAUCUGUAGUUUACAGUGUUGUGCGUAGGGGUUUUUC